AUGGAUCCUUUUGGAACUGAAAACCAGACAUUAGUUAAUAAAACAUUUGAAAAAAUACCUUUUCAGUUAUCUGAUACUGACGUACUUCCUCGAUCAUUGUCUUCAGAUAUUCGUUUAGCGUUUAUGGUUUGUUUCAUUGCGAUUAUCACCUUAGCUUUUCUAGGUAACGCAAUAGUGAUAUUUGUUAUUGGACUUGCAAGAUCGAAACUAACAGUGACCGAUAUGUAUAUAUUAUCGUUAGCCGUAGCGGAUCUGCUAAUCUCCAUCCUUAACAUGCCAUUUCAACUGAAUUUUUAUAUCACCAACAAAUGGACUAUGGGAGAAUUUCUCUGUAAGUUUUCGAACUAUAUACAAGGUGUAACAGUGACUGCCAGUAUCCUGACAUUGACAACUAUAGCUAUUGAUAGGUAUUUGGUAAUUUGUCGGACGGUGCUUUCCCGGCGAGUCCAUACCAAAUUAGUUGCUGGUAUUGCUAUAGCUUCACUUUGGAUCCUAUCACUGCUGAUUGUAUGUCCACAGUUGUUUGGGGAGAGAGUUGAUAUGGUUAUAGAACUUAACUAUUCCACCCAUACACCAAUAGGAAUAGCUCAAUUAUGUCGCGAACAUUUUGAUAGACCGGAAGUGAUCACCAUUGUUGUGUAUGUUUUUGUGUACCUACUCCCGGUGGUCACGAUGAUGCUAUCGUACGGAGCCAUUGGCAUGAGAUUAUGGUUUCAACAUCCCAUCGGUGAUAUGUUAGAAAAUCCAAGAAAUCAUUCCAGGAACAUGCAACAGAAAAAAAAAAUCAUCCAGAUGUUGAUGCUGCUAGUUUUGGCUUUCACGGUUCUUUGGUUACCAUUUUUUACCGUACAGCUAAUUGAGCAGUUCCAGGAUACUGGGGAGACAUUUCGUACUCCUAAAGCCAUAUUACAGUUGGUUGGUUACAGUAAUUGCUGUGUCAAUCCUAUUAUUUAUGCCUUUCUAAACAGAACUUUUCAGCGCGAAUUCAAGAACAAGUUUCUCAAAAGGUCAUCGGUACACACCGUUCAUAUAAUUCAACUAAAUCGCCGUACUGGACAGAGUUCACAAAGUGAUAAAAGACAAGAUGGAGAUGCUUACCCUACUUGUGACAUGUAA